AUGUCGCAAGAUGCUUAUUACAUUACGCCUAACGAAACAGCGCUAGCAGUGGUGGCUACAUCUAUGAAAAAAUCAAGAAUGCGAUUAGAAACCUUGAUUUGCAAUUCAAUAAUGGGUGGUGUUUUCUUCAGCACAGGUGGUAUGCUGUUCACGGCCUGUCAUGCUUCGAAUCCUGGUAUUUUUGAGCGAAAUCCCGGACUUUUGGACUUUCUGGGUGGACUCAUGUUCCCGAUCGGCCUCUUUUACGUUGUCAUCAACGGUGCAGAUCUGUUCAAUUCGAACAUCUUAUUUUUUAUGGUGGGAGUGCUGCAGGGAGCCGUGUCGAUAUAUGAUUUGCUCAUUAGCUGGGUAGUUAGCUGGUUUGGUAACCUGGGAGGUACCCUUUUUGUGAUGUAUGUCAUAUGCCACUUGUCAUCGGUCACUAGUUCGCCUAAUUUUGUGAAAUGGACGCACAUUUUAGUCGCAGAAAAAGACUCAUUCAACUUCAUCAAAACUUUCAUCAAGGCCAUUGCUGGAAACUUCUAUGUCUGUCUGGCCAUUUAUCUGCAAAUGAUGGCCAAGCCGAUCCACGUCAAACUACUAAUGCUGGUGCUCCCAAUUUUCAGUUUCGUAGGUAUGGGUUUUACACAUGUCGUUGCAGAUAUGUUUAUGCUGACCAUCGGCAUGAUUAAUGGCGCCGACCUGUCAGUUUCGCGGUUUAUCUGGAAGCAUAUGGUAGCGGCAACACUGGGAAACAUUGUUGGGGGUGGUGCUUUUGCAGCCAUAGUGCCAUUCUAUAUGCACUUAGUCACUGUGGAGAAUGACCGCAAGCGACUGUCCUUGCCUGAGCAAGAGGUCAGGGAUGAGCAGCCCGAGCUGAACGUCGACUCCAGAGUGGUUAGAAUCCCCACAAAGGUGGCUGAAGAAAUGGAUGAAGAGGCAGAAGAGGGCGAAGAAGAUAUUGAAAGAGAAAAUCAUACGGAAAAGAAUGAUUUCGAAUUUGCUAGCAGUGACUCCUCGAUAGCCGAUGCGAGCAAUGGCAAAAACCCGCCUGUCGAAUAUAGACCUGCGAUGCGGAAUUCAAGUUCUAAUUUUUCAAGGAUGAGCACGGCUUUGAAGAAAACAAGCACAAAUAGAUCCACGACAAGCAUGAGAUCCAAUUCAUCAAUUCCGCAGAGAACGCCGGCUGGUUUAUUUCCAGUCAAGGGAAUGGCUUCCCCGCGGCUAUCGGGAUACCAGAGGACAUCCUCUCAGGAACGUGGUUUGAACGGGACGUUCUCCGCACGUCCUUCUCAUUCCAAAAGCAAUGGAUCCAACCUCUUACGAAGACUUAGGACCUCAACUUCCGAUCAGAUAGCUCCCACAGUCCAACGCAGACCAAGCUUGAGGCAGACACUCACGACUUGUUCGUUGGGCCACAUGCAACCUCCAACAAACUCGGGGGCGCCGGAAAACGUCAUGGAAACCAAAAUGGGCGCUCGAUUGGAGAGGGCUAUCACGAGGCUAGGAUCGAGGUUCUCGCGCGAUGAAAAAGAUCUUUUAAGCCGUUUACCUAUUUCCACACAAGAAUUGCAUCCGAUAUCGAGCUCAUCGGCUCCAGAUACUAUGGACUACGGCGGAGCAAACCCCAAGACUAUGAUUAAUUCUCCCUUGGACCACGCUGCUACGCCAGAUGUCUCUGAUCUGCUACGAUCUCACAGUCAAGGAGACGGUGAAGGCGAAUUGCCACAAGGUUAUCGAUCCAGGAACGUUUCGACAGCAAGUGGGCCAUCUCUUCCUCGCAGACCUUCAUCUGCCUAUCUGACAGAGGCAACUGGUCCUCGAAGGGCACUACCAGGCAAAACUUCUUAA